UGGAAGCUAUUAUCAUCUUGGCCUCUUCCUCUGAUAAAACCCCCAGUCAGUGCCCGCAAGACUUUCUCUCUGCAUGUACACUUUGCUUCAACACACCAGAGCCUGAAGGCACCUGGUGGGAUUAUAAAAAGUAGUCUCACCUUGUCUUCUUCAAUGGGUCCUGCUGGGACUUCUCGCUUCAGAUGCCUUUGCCACCAGGAGAUGCUCCUGCUGUUCAUGUUGUCCUUUUGCCUCCACGCGAAUACACAGUCCUUGCAGGAGAAUACAGUGGCUCUUGACCCUUGUUCUGCCUACAUUAGUCUGAAUGAACCUUGGAGGAACACGGAAUUCCAGUUCAAUGAUUCUACUGACCAGCCUGAAUGUGACAGUCACGUGGAUGGGGAAUGGUACCGCUUUACAGGGAUGGCUGGGGAUGCCAUGCCUACCUUCUGCAUUCCUGAGAACCACUGUGGCACCCAUGCCCCAAUCUGGCUAAAUGGCAGCCAUCCUCAAGAAUCAGAGGGCAUUGUCCAAAGGCAGGCCUGUGCAACUUUCAAUGGAAACUGCUGCCUCUGGAAUACAACUGUUGAAAUCAAGGCAUGUCCCGGAGGUUAUUACGUCUACCACUUAGCCAAGCCCAGUGUCUGCUACCAUGCUUACUGUGGACAUUUCUAUGACAUCUGUGAUGUGGUUGAUUGUCACGGUUCCUGUUUGGACACUGGAGAUUGCAUUUGUUCCUUGGGGACAGUUAUGGGACCAGAUGGACAGACUUGUCUUGAUGAAAACGAAUGCGAAAGGAAUAAUGGAGGCUGCAGCGAAUUCUGUAUUAACCUAAAGAACUCCUAUCGCUGUGAAUGUGGAGUUGGGCGUGUCCUGGGACCGGAUGGAAAGACCUGUGAAGAAAUUGAAGGGUGUCAUAACAACAACGGAGGCUGCAGCCAUAGAUGCAACAUGUUGGAAACCAGUUAUCAGUGUGGAUGCCCUCGAGGUCUUGUUUUGUCAGAAGACAACCACACCUGCCAAGUUCCAGUUAUAUGUAAAUCUACAUCUAUAGAAGUGAACAUUCCCAAGGAUCUCGUUGGGGGAAUGGACCUCUCGCUUUCCAAUGGCUCCUGCAAAGGAGUAUCCAAUGGCACUCAUGUCAACCUCAUCUUCUCUCUGAAAACCUGUGGAACAUCUAUAGAUGUAGUAAAUGACAAAAUAGUUGCUACCAAUAUGGUCACUGGCUUGCCAAAGCAAAGACCCGGCAGUAACGGGGACAUCAUUGUCCGGACAGGAAAGCUGUUGAUCCCUGUGACUUGUGAAUUUCCUCGCCAUUACACCAUCUCAGAAGGCUAUAUCCCCAAUGUCAAGAAUUUGCCACUGGAAAUUAUGGGGCACAAUCAAGGUGUCUUCCCUUUCACUCUUGAGAUAUUCAAAGACAAAGAUUUUGAAGAGUCCUAUGGGGAUUCCCUUCCCACUCUUAAACUCCGAGACUCUUUAUAUUUUGGGAUUGAGCCCUUGGUGCACGUCAAUGGUCUGGAGACAUUGGUGGAGAGUUGUUUUGCUACCCCUACAUCCAAAACAGACGAGAUCCUGAAGUACCACUUAAUUCGAGAUGGCUGCGUUUCGGAUGAUUCCAUAAAGCAGUACACAUCAAAGGAUCAUCUGGCUAAACACUUUCAGGUCCCAGUGUUCAAAUUUGUGGGUAAAGAUAAUAAGGAAGUGUUCCUACAUUGCCGUGUUCUUGUAUGUGGAGUAACAGAUGAGAGAUCUCGCUGUGCACAGGGCUGUCACAGACGGAUGCGCAGAAGAGUUAGACCACAAAACGAAGGAGAUCACAUCACACACCAUAUCCUGACAAGUGGCCCAAUUAAAAUCGAUGUGCAAGAAUAGAUGUAUGAAAAUAUAUAUACCAGUAUAUAUAUCCAUAUACAUGUGAAUAUAGGUGUAUAGCCCAUUUCUCUCAGAAGUAUAUGCCCACCCCCCUUGAGUUCAAACUAGAUUUAAUCUACAUCUCAAUUCCAUUGCAUGUGGCGGGGAUAUUGAAUGGGAAAUUUGAUUUUGCAGGGUCAAAGCAGGGUCUGCUUCAAUUAGACAUGAUUUAUUCAAAGCACAGCCAAAAUUACAGGGGCAUCCAUGGCUCAAACAAAUGUCAAGUUGAAGCUACUGCUGUACAGUUGAAGCCUUGCUCCCUUUUUUUGUAUGCAUCUAAACAAGUCUUCAUACAUGUCAACAUGUUGAGUUUCGGUAAAGCAGUAAUGACAUUGGGAUAACAGUUGGGAGUGGUAGAAAUGUAUCAACAUAUUAAACUGUCAUGCUUAAUUAUGUGUGCAUGUUUUGAAAAGUUGACAUCCUCGUAGGCUUAGUUAUGAUUUCAUGGAUCUAGAACCUUUCCCUACUGAUCUGAGAUAGGCACUGCCCUUAUGCACCAUCACAAUACUUUGGAGCUCCUGGCAGUCUUUUCCUUCUCAGCCAAUUAAAUUCAGACGUUAAUUGGCCACUAAUCUAAAGGAAAGGCAUAUUUGUGUCAUAUCCUCCUAGCAUAUCCUCCCUAGGAUAGACAGUUCCUACUUAGUAUUCCUAUCUUCCUCAGCUUCCCGUUCCCAAGAUCUUCCAUUCCCUUUUGAAAUGAAACUGUUGAUGUGAUAAUUUACACGACUUUCAGGCUGUUUUGAGAGAUGGAGGUUUUUUUGUGCCACUGCAGAAUGAUCAGAUUCUUUUUGGGGGGAAAAUCCUAAUCCCAUAAAAAGGUAAAUGCAACAUGAAAAUAAGAAAGUAGGGGUAGGGUACCAGUUAACAUGGCACCUAUAAAAGCGACUAUUUGUAGCACAGGGUUGAAAUGAGGGGUUCUUGGUGCUCUCCAAGCUUGGUUGUUUUCUUGCCGUUUUGUUAACCAAACUAGGUAACAUCAUCAAUGCUGUAAGAAAACAACCAAGCUCAGAGUGCACUAAGGACCCCUCACCAGUUAACCUGUAUUUUUUAAUGAAGCCCUAUUGGCCAACUGCAGGAAGAAGAAUGGAACAACACUUGGAAAGCGAUGGUGCAAAAAUGUUAGCGAUGAUUAGAUAGACAGCCUUGUGGUUGUGUGGAAAGAGCAUUAGCCAUUCUGAUGCUUUCCUUUUUAGCAGUUCUGCAGGUGUUGAGAACGUUCUCGGUGAUAACUCAGAAAAUUUUGCAGAGGGGAAGGAAAAGAAGAAUAAUUUGCAGGUCAUACAAGGAUUGAAAAUGUUUUCUGUUCCCAGAGUAAUAAUGCACACUAAAGUUUUCCGCAUGCCCAAAGUUGAAUUACUGUAUUCAACUUCCUGAAGAGAAAACCGUGACAUUUAAAUGCACAUUUUUUUUUCCAGAAAAUGUAUACAUUGCACUGUUACGGAAUUUGGAAAUGUAUUGCUACUGCUGCAUAUCUUACUAUUAUCUCUUUCUUAUCACUCUUCUCUCAUUUUUUUUCCUUUAUGGAAUUAUCCGGAAAUGUCUUCCAACCACUUGAUUUAUGUUAGCUCCCUAUGCUGAUUUAAGAAACUCUGUAUCAGUUAAUAUUGUCUGCAAUUCUCCCACCCGUCCAAAGUAAAAUUUUCCAAAUCUAUUUUGAAAAAAAACCCCACACAUUAAUAUUUACACUACUGAAAUUUACAUGCUUUAACUAGCUAACCAUGUUUUUUUUAAAAAAAACAAAAAACAACUCCUAUUCUCAGAGGUGAGAGCAGUUUUCACGCACAUUUCUCCUUUUGCGUCUUGAUUCAAAACGUUUCUUGCAUUCUUUUCAUCAGGAUACUAUGAUAUUGCUGUGUAUGCUGUUGUGUACAGAUAGUCCUCGACUUACAACACUUUGUUUAGUGGCUGUUGGAAGUUACAAUGACACUGAAAAAAAGUGAUUUAGGAUGGUUACACCAUGAUCCCCAUGAUCACAUGAUCAAAUUCAGAUGCUUGGCAGCUGACUCGUAUUUACGACGGUGGCAGUGUCCUGGGGCCAUGCGAUCACCUUUUGCAACCUUCUGACAAGCAAAAUCAACAGAGAAGCCAGAUUCACUUAACAACCGUGUUAUUAACUUAACAACUGCAGUGAGUCACUGAACAAACGUGGCAACAAACGUGGGGCAAAAUUCACUUAACAAAAUGUCUCGCUUAGCCACAAAAAUUUGGGGCUCAAUUCUGGUCGUACGUCGAGGACUAACUGCAUUGUGAUAACAACUAUUUGGGGGAACCCAAUGAAAGAUUCCUGUUGUCUUUCACAGGAUCACAGGAACAGGGGAAAGGGAAAGUUUUCUCUGGAGGAUUAUGAAAAAGAACCAAUCCUUCUGAUGUAAAAAGUUGGCCAGUGCAAAUCCAAUUACUGAAGUACAAUAAAGCAGCUCCAAAUACUUCAAUCUCAGUCAGAAGGAGGUUUAAUUCCAUUAGCCUGUGUUCAGAGGAAAAAAAAUAGUUUUCUUUCUUUAGAGAGCAAUGGGUAAUCUACCAGAAUGCUUCAAUUUUAAAGAGGAGGGUAUAGAAAAAGAAUCAGGAGAUCCCCAAGAGUUUUACGUGUAUGAACGAUAUAUAGUUAUGUCACUUUAAGUUGUAGAAUACUAGUUAAUUCUAUGUAGAUAGAAGUAAGUUCCUUCCAAUCUCUGACAUUAUUUUAAGCUAUGUAUGUUAUUUAAUAAAAGUUUGAAAUGCUCUGCAUUUUAUAUUUUUCUUACCAUCAUGUACCAUCUAUACCUUUUUCUUAUUAUAAGAUGAUUCGUGUUUUUUACUCUUUUAAUGGAACGAUGAUCUAGUGAAAAUAAAAUGAGCAUUGUGCAGUGACUUCA